GAUAGUCUCCUGAGAGGAGGGUGAGGUCCGAGGCAGUGAGGAGCUCUGUAACGGGACUGUGAGGAUGAAAAUGAGGCUGCUGUCUGUGAUCCUGCUGCACGGUGUGUGUGUGCUGCUGCUGUCUGCACCAACUGUUUCUGCAGUCUCUCUGAGUGUAACACCAGAUCACAAGCAGUUCUUCAGUGGUGGUGCUCUGGUGAUUCUGUUUUGUGAUGAUGAUGAUGAUGAACAGAGAGUUGAUGGAUGGACAGUGAAGAGGACCAGAGCAGGAGUCACUGAGAUGUGUGAAGAAGCUGCAGACCUUGUUCUUAAAAAUUAUCUGUGUCAACUCAUGUUGCGUAACCCCUCUGAUGGAGCUUACUUCUGUGAAAGCUCAUCUGGACAGCGUAGUGAUGAAGUCAACAUCACUGUUACAGCUGGUUCCCUGAUCCUGGACAUCCCUUCAUCUCCUGUGUGGACAGGAAGCAAUGUGACUCUGCUCUGUCAAACCAGAGAGGGUAAACCGGGGAAGUCUUAUUUCUAUAAAGAUGGGAAUAUGAUUGGACAUGAUCCCAAAGAAAAUUUUACUCUCACUAAUGUUCAAAAGUCUGAUGAAGGUCUCUACUCGUGCUCAACUGAUGAUCAUCCACAUUCUCAUGAAAGCAGACUGACAGUCAGAGUGGUUUUUGAGAUGAAUAUGAGAGAAGAAGGUGGGUACGCCCAGACCGUCACUGCACUCCUCUCCAUCCUGUGCCUGAUAAAGUCCAUAAAUAAAGACUUUCAUGACAGAUAG